AUGUUCAGCAGUAAGUGCACGAGUAAGGCCAGGCUGGAUGGAAAAACUGCCAUCGUCACCGGUUCGAACACGGGCAUUGGCAAAGUCACUGCAAAAGAAUUCUAUAGACUAGGUGCGAGGGUCAUAUUGGCGUGCAGGGACGUUAAAAAAGCAGAACAAGCCGUGGAGGAAAUCGUGGCUGAAGUACAGGGCGACGGUGUCGGGCAACUGGUCAUAGAAUCAUUAGAUUUGGCAUCAUUCGCUUCUAUUAAACUCUGUGCGAAAAGUAUUUUACAAAAAGAAAAACAUAUUCACCUGUUGGUGAACAAUGCCGGUGUUAUGACGUGCCCUAAGGGUAAGACCCAAGACGGUUUUGAAACCCAGUUCGGCGUCAAUUACUUGGGACACUUUCUGUUCACAAUGCUUCUGUUGCCAAGAAUCCGAAGUUCAACUCCAGCUCGCAUUGUAAACGUGGCGUCUUUGGCACAUGUAUUCGGUUCAAUCAAUUUCAAAGACAUCAAUCACGACGCAAAUUAUUCACCCGCCACAGCUUACAGUCAAAGUAAGCUGGCCAACGUGUUGUUUUCAAAAGAACUGUCGCGAAAACUAGAAGGUACCGGAGUUCACGUGUACAGCUUACAUCCCGGCAUCGUACGCACCGAAUUGACUAGAACACUGGACCAAGUAUACUUUCCGGGUAUGUGGUUCUUGGGUCGUAUCUUCCUCUAUCCGUGGGUCAAGAAUCCGAAGCAAGGAGCUCAGACCACUUUAUACUGUUCGCUUGACGAAAAAUCCGGAACGGAAACUGGACUUUAUUACAGCGAUUGUAAGGUGAAAGAACCGUCCGCGGCAGCCAGAGACCCAGAGUUGGCGAAAAAACUUUGGGAAACAAGCAUAGAAAUGGUCGGCUUGAAGGAUUACGACAUGUUCAACUGCAGCGGAGACGCGCUUCCUGAACCUUUAAAAGACGUCUGA